CGCGAUUGGAUUUUUAACACUACGUACUGAAAUAACGUUACCGCAUAACGUAAUUUACCCAGCAUUUACGUAAAGCGUUAUUUCGAAUAACGCCUAAAAAUUGCUCAAAUAGGCAUGCGCAGAUUUUUGACAACGGGCCAGCUGGUUGAAUAUUAGAGGUUAUGUCAUCAUGUUUGUUUAUCAACAAUAUGUAUUUUUGUUGUGAUUUCGUGCAAGUGAUGUUUUUGGAUGACUGAAAAUAUGAAUAUGACUCAAAAUACUAUUGCUUCCACCAGUAAAGAAGCUAUAAAGAGGCUCAGGUUUACAGCAGAUGACGAUCUGGCACUACUAAGAGAAUUUGUUGGUUUGAACCCAUUGGAAGAAGUAGAAAAAUGGGAAGAAAUCCAAAAAAAUAUUUUCAUAAUUACAGGAAAAAUGUUUUCUAUUAGAACUUUGAAGGAUCACUUGUUUCUUAUUUUAGAUAUUUGGUUGAAGAAGGAUAAAACCACUCAAAUAUUGUCUGGAGUAGAAGAAGUACAUUCUGAGAGAGACCAACUCUUACAAGAAGUAAGUGAUAUGUGUAAUAAUGCCAAAGUAAAGCCACUCACUAAAAAAAGGAAAUUGAGCAAGGAAAAACAAAUUGCUGAAUUAGGGAAACUGUCAAGAGAUGAGUGUUCCAGAACACUAAUCUCGGACAACAUUGAUAUUGAAAACUUGCCCCCAGCGGCCCCAGCUCAAGCUCCAUCUUUUUCUCCAAUAGCUUUAGACCAUGAUUAUCAACUUUGUUCAAUAAUCGACCUAACUGACCACGAAACGAGCCAUGAAAUUCAAAUAUCAACUAAUAAUGAGAAUAAUAAUGAGCAUAGAUCCAAUGAAACUGAAACUCUGCCACCUCCCAAACCCACUAUAUUGGUUUUAGAAGCUGAAACUCCAAAAAUUAACCCAGAAAAAAGUGCUCCGAGAAAAAUUUUAGCCCCUAGAAAAAACAGAACUAAUAGAAGUGCUCCGUUAAGGAGAAAUGCUCUAGAGUAUUUGGAUAAUAAAGAAUCAAGGGAAGAAAUUUUAAAAACUAGGCAGUUAAAUUUGGAGGAAAAAAGAAUCGAGUUGGAAAACAGAAGGCUAGUCUUAGAUGAACAACGGCACGAAAUGGAUUAUAUAGAAAGAAAACAGAAAUUGGAAAUGGAAAAAACUCGAUUUACACAAGAAAUGUUUGAAAGAGACCAAAAAUCCAAAAUGAUUGAACAGCAACAUCAACUUAUUCAGUCACUGAUGGAAAGAUUGAAGAAGUAUGAAGAAAAAUAAAAUAAUUUUCAUUUUUUUUUCCCAUUUGUUCGAUGUAAUUAUUUUUCGUGAUAUUUGUUUUUUCUAUAUUUUGUUAAGUUACGAUAUAGGUAGGAAUAUCUCUCUGUAUAUCUAUUAUGAUAUUUUGUACUUCCUUGGUAAGGCGUAAUAUCUAUUUU